CAAGCUUGGGAACCCGUUUGGAGUUGUUUUCAGGAGCCAGGCAAGUUUAUUUUCUGUUUUGGAAGACCUAUUGAGAAAUCUAACUAACUUCAACAUUUUCUAUAUAAACCUCCCCACAAACAGCCAUAUUUCUCCUCAGAGAUGUUUUGAUUGGAUAACACCACCAAUAGAGUUAUUUUUGGGGUUUGUUACUUAUAUAGUAUCCAGGACAUCCCAUCAUGUCCAAGCUGGUGUACAAAGUUUCCUCCACUGCCAAGGUAGAGCAGAUGGAAGCAGAGUUGUCUGUCCAGCUGUCAGUUCUCCGAACUGAAAUAGAGGAGAAUGGAUCUCCCCUGGAAACACCCUCCAAGUCUUACAGCUCAGUUCCAGUUCCUAAAGAUGUAUCGUACUUUCGUAUGGAGAGAGAGCAGGUCCUGAGGAGAGGUCUUCAGGUGGCAGAAGCACUGCCAGUGGUGCCUCUGUCUGAUGUGCUACAGAGAGAGCUGCAAAGCUGCCUAAGCCUGGAGUACACACCUGAGAGUCUGCCUCUUCUCCUGCACCAGUUUUAUGCAGACCGAUGCUACCAGUUGGCCCAGAUCAAGUACCUGCUGAUGCUGAGAUGGAGAAGGUUCUGUCGUCACUCCCACAUCAUUGAGCAGCUGUAUCCCUUCUACAAGGCCCAGGUAUCAAACCUGGUCAGUGAGUAUGAGGAUGCUGUCCAGCGGGCCAGGAGACUGGCUGUUUCCAGGGAGAAGUUCCUGACAGGGCGGGGCAACCCCAUCAACACAGUCACCCAGGAAGAUGUGACCAUCUACCUCACCUGGCUGGUCUGUCACCUGCAUGCCUCCAAGACCAUCCACCACUUCCUGACAGUGAUCCACUACAUCCCAGCCUCUGAGAAGAGGGAUAAAGAAUCUUCUGAGUUAUUAAGGAAGUCCCCAUCAAGUUCCCCAGUGCUGGUUGAAUGUGUCCACACAUCUUCAGAAGAUAAAGACCAAAUCUUGGCUGGGCUUGAGGGGAUGUUUAGACUGGCUAACCAAGUUCCAAUGCACACUGUGAACCUGGAGGAGUUCCUCCCAGAACUACAAAGCCUGGUCUCCUACUUCCGUUUGCCCUACGACACCCAAAACGUCAGGAACACCGCAGACGAGAUGGAGCUCUUCAGCAUGAUCUCAAAGGAGUUCAGGGUGAUCUUCAGACAGCAGGAGGUGAUGAAGACCUUCCUCCAGUAUGAUGGGACAGAGGCUGUAGAGGGACAGUGGGGGACGAAGAGGAGCACCAUGGCUCUGAGGAAGAGUGCUAACUGGAUACCAUACAUUCAGGUGAAGCCCAAACGGGAUCCCUGGCAACAGAAACUUGUCACCAAGCUGAAGGAGCUCCAGUCUUAUGAUGAGUUGCUGAGGACUCACCACAGGUUUCUCCAGCUGUCAGAUCCUGUCGUAGUGACUGAGGCCCUGAGGGAGCAUGCUUCCCAGGUAUGUGACCCUCAGGCCAUCCAGCCCUCAUCAUCUCUGACAUCGUCACACACCAACAGACACAACACCUUGCAGAUCUGGACCAGCAUUUACAGCGCUGCCAAUCUUUAUCAGGAAUCCAGUGGAUGUGGAGGACAGGAAAAAAGCAACACAAAGAGCAGAACCACUUCAGUCAAGAAAGUAAAUGAAAGCUAUAGCUACCUGAGCAGCAUGCAGCUGUUGGGUUUGGAUGAGGGCCAGGAAGGGGAAGAGGGUACCUCGGACACCGUCACAGCCAGGGGAGCCUACCUGUCACUCCUCUACCUUCGACACCUCAAGAUCAGGGAACUGCAGCGCAUCUCCCUAGGCAUUCUAAACUACCUGAGGUCCAUAGAGAGAACCCUGACUUUUGACACAGCUGGGAUGAGUGUGGCGGGAGGAGGAGCAUGUGGAGGAGGAGCAGGAGGAGGAAGAGGAGGAGGAGGAAGAGGGGAAGCAGGAGGAGGAGGAGGAGGAGGUGAUUUGGUCAGCACCACUGAGGAGUCAAGCUGGAUGAAUGCGGCCAGAGGGUGCAGUGGGACAAUCGGAGGUCUGGGUUCUCACCUCUACAGCCACAACACUCCUGUUGACUACAAGGUUCACUGUUCCGAGUUCAUGGAGUACCCAGAGGUGGAGAAUCUUCAUGAUUUCUACACCACUGAGGAGAGAUAUGUCCACACCCAGGACCAGCGAGGGCUCUAUGUGGUGUACGACGUGGCUCUGAAGGACCUGGAGGAGCUGGAAGACACACUGAUUCUUCUGGGCUCACACUACAUCCAUAGGAGUAGUUGGAGGGUCAAGGGCCAGUCUGAGGGCAGCAGGGUCAAGGGUCAAUCUGAGAGGUCACCUAGCUCUGCAGCGACAGACCUUCACUCUGCCUGGGCUCAGACAGAUGUGGAUAGAGUUGCAGUUCUCCUAGACCUGUGGACGUGCGAAGCUGCUUUUUUGGAGAGCAAAGUGCAGUUGUUGAACUGCUAUAUUGAGGCAUACCAGCAUGUGACAGGACCAGAGGAGAGGUUCUCCUUGGCACAGGUCAUCACAGACAUCAUGCACAGAAGGCCUCGGCUACACCUGGACAUGGGAGCAGAGUACUUUGUUCAGGCCUACCGGGCAGAGAUGGUCUGCAUGCAGACACACCAGCAACUCAUCAGAGCCAUGCUGAACAACCAAAUAGAUUGUCAGCGGCAAUACCUCCACCGGGUGUGGAGAGGAGGUCAGGGACAGGAAGCUACUCCUUGUGACUAUGGUCUUCCUCCUAACUAUGUGGCCAAACAUCUGGUGUCCCUCGGUGGUGGCAGUCCUGCCCUGAUGAAUGUGUUCCUUCUGGAGGUGCACCACUCCCUAAGCCUGGCCUCUGAAAUGUACCAGGCCCUGACCCAGGCUCACACUGAGCUCUGCCAGCUCCACCGUGCCAAAGGGGUGACUGAGAGAGUCACCCUGGAACAGAGACUCCUACAGCGGGCUCUGCAGCACUGGCACUCCCUGGAUCCUCCCGGUGCCUACUAUAGCUCUCAAACUCAAAAGGAUUUGUUUUCAGAUGUUUUCAUGGAGGACCCCUCCCUGGUCCGAGCGUUGGGGGUCUCUCUGAUCAGAUCGGCUGAGGAGCAGGACAUGAAGCAGGGGAAGGAGAAACAGUUCUUUGCUGUGGAAACCUUCGCCAAGCUGCUGGAGUUAGUCACCAUCCGCCAUCGCCUUAUGGAGUCAGCAGCAGAGACUGCACAUCUGGCACAGUUAUACAAAACACAAGCUCUGGAGCUGGGCUUUGAUGAGUUCCACCUGUAUGUGCGCCCGGAGCAGUUUGAGUUUGCUGUCCAGAGAGACAAGGCAGAGCAUAGACCUCUGUUUGUUACGGCACUACUGCAGGACGACAGCUGUUUGGACAGGUACACUCCAUCUAAGUUUCCACUGAGCAUCCAGGAGCUUGAUGAGAACCAGAUUGGAAAAUUCAGCUUCUACUCUGAAGAGACAGUAGUGCAUCUCAUGAAUAGGUCAGCCAUAGAGAACCUGCAGGUGACUCUGGCCUGUCAGGUGACUCAGAAGAACGCUCUGAUUGGUGCAGUGAAGCAGGCGUGUCUAUGUUAUUGGUCAGAGACUUUCACAGGCUCUCCAGAGGCGGUUCUUUGUUCUAGUGGCGAUGCAAGCUCCUUAGCUAAGCAGGGUCCCAAAGUUCGCAAAGAUACAAGUGAACCAAAGAUAACUGGCGCAGGAACCAGGGAGAGGCUGACCGAGGCGUUUGUCUCCAUCCAGCUGGAGAAAGUGGGUCCACGAGAUGAGAUGUUGAACUCUUUCGUAAAGAGGAGACAGAUCAUGGGUGUUGUGAUGAUGAACCCUGAUGAAGUAGCAAAAAUCAAGAGGUGGCUGAUUAUUGAGUUCUGUCGAAAAUUCAGUUUGCGCAUGUCCCAGUGUUGUGUGAGAGGGCAGAUCAUAUGCCUGUACCACAGCCUGACCACCUUACUGGACGAGCUGCCAGACAUCCGCCAGUCCCACUUCCUGAUUGGCCAGGACCAUGAGUUGAAAAGCGAUAUGGACUCAGGACUAGGUGUUCGCCCUGACCCCAGGAAGUUCCAGCGGCGUCCUAGGCGCCUGCUGUCAGCCGACGGCAGAAUGUUCCUCAACCUGUGGUUCCUCCCCCACUACACUGAGGUUCUCCUCAUGUUCAGAACCCUGGAGGACUCGGCAUGUUGCCGGGCUCUUCACCAUAGUCUGGAGAUAGUCUCUGCCCUGCAUGACAUCAUCUAUUACCUGGUCAGUUUCGCCCGACUGGGGAACCCAGGAGUCUUCAGCUCCAAGAGAGGAGGAGGAGGAGCAGGAGGGGGAGAGUUUACAGCUGACUGGGGCGGCGCUGAAGGCAUCGGUGCGGAGCUGUGGGAGAUCCAGAAACAGGUUGACUCUCUUUGUGACCCUGGUAGCCCUGAGGCUGUGGGUCGCCUGCUUCAACUACGGAGACACGUGCUCUUCUUGCAGUACGACACCGCUGUGAGGCACCUCAUCAGAGAGGCGUUUCUCUCCUCUGGUAACAUCGUAGCCUAUCAGAGCGUGAGUGACAACAUGGGACACGCCCUCCCUGCGCUGAGUGACAGCGUCAGAACCAAUCACAGUUCUCUACUGUCUUUACCAGAGCCAAUGGAGCCUCACAGCCCCCGGGCUCAAAGGAUGUACCCAUGGAGAAGUUUUCUGGUGUGUCAUGGAUUGCACUCUGUAGACAUUUGGGGCAUCCCACCCAUUGAGUACUGCAUGCAGCUGUGUCUGAGUGGGCUGGGUGACCGCAGCAGGAUGGAGGCCAAUGGAGCGAUCCUGGGUGUGUCUCUACUAAUGGAGGAUGUCCUGAACAGCGGAGGGAGAGGGGCAGCACCGCUACGUCUCCAUGACAACAAGGCGGGGGGGGACUCACGUGGAAAGCCCGAGGAAGAGGAUGGUAGUAGUGUGGAUGACAGUGUUGAUGAAGAAGAGAAGGGGAUCUCCUCUGCUCCCCUCCAGGACCCUCUCCAGGUGCUGUCUGUGUUAAAGGGUUUCCUGCUCCUCACCAAACAGCUGGAGGUGUUUAAGGAGAGCUGGGGAAGGCGACAGCUAGGGGUGGAACAGAUCAAUACCACGAAGAUCCACAGGCACUUCUCAAGACUCUACAGAGCAGACAUCCAGUGCCCAAGUAUGAGAGCCCUGGCUCAAAAGAUGGGUAAAGAGAAGGACUUUGAGGCUCUGCUGUCUGACAGCCAGCCUCUACUGCCUCCUGCAGGAGCUUCCGAGGUUCACAUCAAGAGAUUCCAAUUGCUCAGGCUGCUGGAGAGUACGGAGUGUGAUAUGAUCCGAGCGGUACAGAGGAGGAUCGCGAGAGAGCUGACCCUGGUGAUUUCGGAGCGGGCACGCCAAGACACAGGCCUCCCCACAGAAUUGUGGAAGCAAGGCCCCAUGAAGUACAGUCUGUCCCCAGAGAGACCUCAGUUAGUGGAGCACUUCACCCAGCAGCUAAUGGAGUGUGCUGAGCAGACGGAGGAGGGACAGCUGACCUUCCCCGCGGCCCACCUCCAGCGGUGUCUGUCCACUCUGGGCCACUCUGUGAUGGAGAGAGAACGCAGCAGCUUCCUCCUCUACUCCCAGUUCUAUGAACAGAUCUUACAGCAGGAGAGCCAGCUGCUCUACCGCAGAGAACAGGAUGUGAAGAACCUUGAGGCGUCCCAGUCCCAGACCAUCAACCCUUACAGCGAGGUCAGUGGGCUCUGUCGUGGGAUGAUGUUGCAGACCACAGCCCUGCGUACCCGGGUCACCCAACUGGAGGAGGAACAGGGAGGUCUGGAGCAGCAGAUUAGCCUAAAAUACAGACAGCGCUAUGACUCCCUGGUCCGACAACUUUUCUCCACCUGCAUUCAACUGAAGGCCAGGCUUGAUGAGUACCAUGUGCGAAUGGACCAGGAUGUUACUCAGCUGGUGAGCAAAGUGAGGAGAGAGGGAGUGGAUAACAUCAUCAAGCUGAAGAAGUUUGGCUCCACUAAAGGCAAUGAAGCUCUUCUUACGACGCAGUCGGAGAAGCAGGAGCUCCAUGACCUGAGCAUGGAGAACAGUCUGCUGACUGGCCUGCUGUCUAAGGUGAAGGCACUGGGCCACUGGAGACAGGUGGUUGGACAGGGCAAGCUGCACCGUAGAUUGCUCCACAGCCAGCAGAGGGAGAUGUCCUGUCAGAGGGAGGCACUGCGAAUGAAGAUGAUGUCAGAGGGUGAAGUGAUCGUACUGAAGCAGGAACUGGAAGUCACUCAGCGGGCCAUGACACAGUGUCAGACGGAGUACAACCGCACCAAGAGACUGCUCACCAAACAGAGCGCAGAGCUCCAUGAGGUGAGGCAUCACUCUGCUCAGGAGGUCCAGAGCAGACAGGAGCUGGACAGCUACCACCUGCAGAGCCUGGAGCAGCUGAGAGAGGGCGUGGGGGACAGAGACAGACAGCUCCAAGACCUCAGGACUCAGCUGGACAGGAGCAGCAGAGACAGACGGCUGCUGAGACAACGCAGUGCCAAAGACAUCAGACAGGUGAAGGGCCAGCUUCAUCAGGAACGCAGCCUCAAACAGGAGGCUUUCCAGCGGGUGGACAAGCUGCAGAGCCAGGUAGAGGAUGUUGAGACUGCUCUCUCCAGGUGUACCUACACAGCAGGGCGACGCAAGACAUCUUGUUACACUUUCCCUCACAACAGAUCCAGCAUCAGAAACCCAGAACACACUGGCCCACAGCAGGACGAUAGCAAGAGGGAUUCUACCACCCAGCUGGAGAGACCCAAAACAGAACCGCCUCGCCUGCGUAUCCUCACCACGGAGGCCCUGCUACCAAACCUCACUGAUGGAGGCCCAACCUCCUCUAGUCUCCUCACACACCUUCAGCAAAAAUGAUGCUGUUCCUGUAGAAAAAUGUCAACCAUGUUGUAACAAGUAAUGGAAACAAACGUUUAUUGGUGAUGAAAAUGAUCUAGAUGAUACACAGUAUGUGAAGGACCUUUAUACACCUGGGCGGCUAAAACAAGAAACAAAAACAUUGUAAAACAGUGGUAAGACACCUUGUUUAAAGCUAUAACUUGGUGUGAUCUCAUUGUUGCAGAUGCUACCAUACAAAUAUAGUAAGACAAAACAAAUAUGAACAGUUGAGACAGAACUACAUAGGCCCAGUGUAUCCAGGCUCAAUUCACACACAACCUUUAAAAGGGUUAUUGUAGAGGAAACAUAACCUGAUUUAUCCAUAACAUGUAAGGUUAAGAAUGACUGUUAAUCUCUUCACUCACAUGCAGGGGAAAUUAAAUCUGACUUGAGCAAAAACAUGAUUUGCCUGGUCUCAGAUCUGUUUAUGGCGUUUUGCCUACAGUCAUUUGCCUACCAUCUGACUUGGCUAAAAAGCACAAACUUAUGUGGGACCAGGCUAUAAUGUGGGGAUGAUCAAUAGGUUAAACCAUAGCAUCCUCUGAACAGUCUAAUAUUUGUGGCAUGUUCAUCAGAUUAGAAACUACACCAGAUAAUAGGACAUUAAAAAAAGGGUUGCAUGGAAGAAUACAAAAAGAGUUGAGUUCUGACAAUACAAAUAAAAUAUCACAAAACACACGCAGGAUUGAUGCAUAUUUUGGAAGUUAACACACACAAAACAAAUGUUUCAAACUAUCCAUCUGGGGUGCUAAUCAUGUUUUCAACCAUGCAAAGUCUGCACAGGUCUCCCCCCCCCCAAAUGGAAUACAACUGUAGAAUAAACUGUACAGGGAUUCCGAGAAGAAGAACUUAAGGUCAAAUAAAGUGAUUUGUCUUUUA